AUGUCUCAUUAUGGUAUGGGUAGUUUGCGAUCACCGCCAAAUGAUUGGCAACGACGUGAUGAUAUUCAAUUAUUAACGACAGCAAUUAAGCGUCUCGUUGAUUUUCUCAAUCAAUUUGAAUCGUCAUGUCGCUAUCGUCUGUCAAUAUUGAAUGAAAAACUAACCGCACUUGAACGACAUGUUGAUUAUCUUGAAGCUAGAGUGAGCAAAGGUGAAACGCUCAACUAA